CAGCAUCCAAGCAACAAUCCGUAAAAUAAAAUACAAAAUACGAUAUUAACCACUGCGUAAAAAACACAAAAAGUUCUUAACUGAAAAUUCGCCAGAAUAUCUUAAAGUACUUUAAAUACACAAACAGUGGCAUCAAGUGUCGAAAAAUAUUGUUUUAUCAAGUGCGUGUAUGUGCCGCGAUCCACUCCUGAAAGUCUGCCCGACAUGUAAACUGUAAAUCCGUAUUCAUCCACUUUAACCAAGAAACCCGAUCAUAGACUAUACCAAAGAAAUAUAAUCUCAAUUGUUGCACAUUUCCGAAUUGAUUCAACGUGAAAAAAGUACAACUAUAAUGGCGCCCUUCUAUAAGCGCAUUUGCCGCAGCCUAUCGAAGCGCUACAAGGAGCCAUCCCUCAGCAUGGACAAUACGGUCGAAACGCUGCUGAUCAAAAAUGAGGGGGAUUUCAUCAGUGUGGAGCAGGGCAAGGAGCUGAAUGCGCGUAAGCGGCACUCACAGCAGCUGGCACAUCCGCCGCAUGCCGGCCAACUGCAUCAUCAUCAUCAUCAUCAUCACCAGGUGCAGGGACAUGGCUACUCUCAACAGCAGCAACAACAACAACAACAGCAGCAGCAACAGCAACAACACAAACGCGAUGAGAACAUGCGACAGCUGUUGGAUGUAACCAAUACCCUGACAAUUGAGGAGCUGCGCGACUUUGAAAUGCGCUAUGGCUCACCACAUCACAGCCGGUCUCAGUCGGUGAAGAUGCCUGGCAGUCGCGCCUCUGGACGCCCCAAUCAGCUAUGUCUGCCCCAGCAGAGAUCACGCGUCGCCUCCAUGCCCAAUACUGGUGUCGAGGAGGAAUACUACAGACUGCGGCACUUUUCCAUCACCGGCAAAGGCGUUGUAAAUCGCGGCGAUUCGUUAAAGAGUCGACGCAGUCGCUCCAACAACAGCGUGGCCAGCUCCAACUCCAGCACGGAGCACCUGACCGCCCAGCAGCAGCAGCAACAACAGCAGCUGCAACAGGGACAACAACAGCUGCCCGCGCCCACUUCCCAGUCGGCACGCACCUCGCUGGCCUCCAGUCGUGAGAGCAGCACCUCUAAUCCGGGCAAUGGACCCUACAGAGUUCUGAUGCUUGGCGGUCCGGCGGUGGGCAAAAGUUCGCUGGUCUCACAGUUCAUGACCUCGGAAUAUUUGCAUGCGUAUGACACAAGCAUUGAUGAUGAAUCUGGCGAAAAAGCCGUAUCAGUAUUACUCAGCGGCGAGGAGUCCGAAUUAAUAUUCAUAGAUCAUGGAUACACCGAAAUGACUCCGGAUGAAUGCUUGACCAACUAUGAUCCACAUGGCUAUUGCGUCAUUUAUUCUGCCGCGGACCGAAGCAGCUUUAACAUUGCCGAACAGGUGCUUCAGGUGCUAUGGACCAAUCAGAAUAUCGCACAGAAAGCCGUUAUACUGGUGUCGAACAAAGCGGACCUCGCCAGGAGUCGACUCGUUACAUCCGAAGAGGGCAAAGCCAUGGCCACCGCAUACGAUUGCAAGUUCAUUGAGACAUCGGUGGGCAUUAAUCACAAUGUUGAUGAGCUGCUGGUGGGUCUGCUAUCGCAGAUACGCCUCAAGCUCGAAAAUCCCGAAAAAUCCAGGGAUCUGUUUCGCAAGCGUUCCAUUCGCAAGUCCAAGCGUCGUGCCUGCUCACCGCUCAGCGCUGGUUGCCUCAAUGCCAACACGCCGCUGGGUCCGCUUGGAGGACCACUGGGUGAUGCGUCUGGUACGCCGCCAGGCAGCGCACACAGCAGCCCGCGUAAAUAUCGCGGUUCGCGAACCUCCACGAGUCUCAAGGUCAAGGGUCUGCUUGGUCGCGUCUGGACGCGUGACUCCAAGUCGAAGAGCUGCGAGAAUCUGCACGUGCUCUAAACGCCUCCACACACCAACACACACACCCACACACACAUCGACUGAGCAUGGGGCAGCAAUUAGCAUGGGAAGAGGGGGGGACAUUUUAGUUAUUAACCCAUUUAGCCUUUUGGUUUUCCCAAAUUUGGUGCAUACAAAAUCCCGAGGAUUAUUUACAUAUACAAUAAAUAGAAAAGCUCCCUAAAGAUACAUUUCGCCUAAGUUUUGAAACGUACAAGCUACAAAUAGACUCCUAACUCAUAGCUGUAUUAUCUUUGUAUAUAUGUAUGUAUAAUUUAUAAAAUAUAUACUUUAAUGCUAGUCAGUUUAAUAUUAUUUGUAUUAAGUCCUUAUAAUUGUGUAUGAAACUUUGUGUACAUAUUCAA